AUGUCCGAGAGCCAAAACGACUUUGAGACAGCUCCUGACCAUUUUUCGGAAGAAUUGAAAUCUCAUCAUGGUAUCUUCCACGGGUUGAAAUUUUACUUCGCAGAUGAUGUGAACAAAGACUUUUACAAGUCAGUUGUCGUCAAGUUGGGUGGUGCUGUGCUGGAAGAGGCGCCUAAGGAUGUCAAGCCGGAUCAUUAUAUUGUUUCCCAUGUUAAUACGUUUGAUCUGCCAACAGUUGACCCCUUGUUUCUAAGCAAUUCUGCUGAACAAAACACACUGUUAAAUAUUGGGCCAUUUAUUCUGCCACCUGUGAAUGGCGGGCCCCAAUAUGAGGUUGAUGUUGGUGAAUCUGACUCGCGGAUAGACCGUCGUAUAACACAUGCUAAUGGGGGCCAUGAUGAUGUAGACAGUGCUGCGGAUGUACGACAGUCACUUGCUCAUCACGAUGUUGCGUCUGCUGCUGUUGCCGCUGCGGCAGCGGUUUCUCUCACGCAUCCAGAAUCCUCUCAUGCUAGGCAGGAAGUGAAGCAGAUUGGACGGCAAAAGAAUGCUACUUAUGGGGGCCAUCAGAAGAUUGAAGACCCUUCGCAACGUGAUACAACCCUAGAGCAGGAAACUUCGCUGAUUCAACAUGAUAAUAACCCUGGUAAUUCCAAUUCAGGGUUUGCUGCUGUAGGAGAAGCUCCAAAGGCUGUUUUGACUAGUUCAAGUAAUCUGCCACCUCAUAACAAAUCUUCUUUUACCGAGGAGGAAGAUGAGUUUAUUUUAGAUGUUGUCCGUAAAAACCCAACUAGACGGACAACACACACUCUCUUUGAUGAAAUAUCCCAUUACGUCCCCAAUCACACAGGAAAUUCGAUUAGACACCGUUAUCGGGUAUACCUAUCUAAACGGUUGAAUUAUGUUUACAAGGUUGAUGAAAACGGUAAGUUAAUGCGUGAUGAGAAGGGUGAGUUUAUUAAGACAGAUAUCCUUCCACAAGGUUUAAAAAGGAAGUUUACUGCUGAUGAAGACUAUCAAUUAGCUGUGAAUAUUAAGAAACAAUUUUAUAAAGACAUAUAUCAAGUUGAUCCCGAUACUGGAGAAUCCUUGAUUAGGGAUGACGAUGAGCCGAGCACGGUUGCUAAGAGAAAAAUGGUGAUGGAUCCGACAUUUAUUCCAGGUAAGGAGCCUGGUUUUGACGAAUACUCUGUUUGUGAUCGUCGUGGGCCAUUAUCUCGUGAGUUUUUCAAAACUUAUGGGGAGAAACAUCCUUCCCAUACUGAAAAUGCCUGGAGGGACAGGUUCAGAAAGUUUCUGCUAAAUUAUGGUAUCGAUGAGUAUAUUUCUUAUUAUGAGACUGAGAGAGCUAAUAACAGGAUUCCAGAGCCAAUGAAAAAUAUGACUAAUAGGGUAAAAAGACCAGGACCAGCUCCAGGAAACUAUAAUAAUGCCAAGAAAGUCAAAUUUAUGUCUCCAACUGCUCAUCAACCAUCAUCUGCUUCUGCUAACCACUACACUAUUCCACAAGAUGACUUACUAGAUGAAGAAACGUUGAGUUUCAUUACUGGUUUAAAGAGGGAUUUAUCAAGGAUGGAGAGUCAACAAAGUCAGUCACCCGAUGUGCCUUUCGAAUAUACCCAAGAGUUGGCAGAGUCAAUUCGUAACAAUUUUACAAUGGAGGAAACACAAUUUGAUAACAUCAAUCCAGAUGAAAUUCCAUUCCCCCCCCAAAUUGCUACCACAGAUUUGUUUAUGCCCGAAUUUUUCCACUUUGCUACUACCAGAGAAUUUUUAAAUAAAGUUCAUGAAAUCGUCAAUAGGACUUAUCACACAUCGCAAGCUGAAAAGCUAGUCGAAGACUUGCGUGAUGAAUGCGGCAUCCGUAAAGCAUUCAGCACAUCAAUAUUAACUGCGCUAUCUGGUGAUCUAAUGGUUUUACCUCGUUAUUUCUUGUGUGCUUUCCGUUAUUCAGCCAACCCACCUAUGAAUGUACCUGGAAUCUGGACCAAAGAAGAUGAUGAAAUGCUAAAGAACGGCUCUGAUGAUGAUAUGAAACUACUAAUAAAAAAGCAUGGUACGGGUAGGAUUGAUAUGAGGAAAAGAUUUCAUCAAAAUGAUUUAGUGUGA